AUGCUGAUGGGGGGUGGCCUCGCACUCUCCUCUUCGGCCUUCGCUCUUCAACUACUGCGUGACAAGCGCCAGCUGGGCACUCGCUUCGGAAGAGCGUCGCUGGGCGUGCUGUUGUUUCAGGACCUCGCGGUCGUGCCGAUGCUGGUGCUAGCGCCCUUGCUGGCUGACCCUGGCGGAGCUUCACUGCCGGUGGCUAUUGCCGAGUCUUUCGGCAAGGCCGUGCUGGCGCUUGGCAUCGUCGUAACAACUGGCCAUUUCUUUCUUCGACCACUCCUGGCGUUUGUGAAGCGCUCGGACUCUUCAGAGGCCUUCUUGGCUGUAACGUUGGGGACCGUGCUGCUGUCUUCCAGUCUCACGCAGGCCUUCGGGCUGUCAGAGACGCUUGGCGCCUUCGUCGGUGGCGUCCUGGUCGCAGAAACCGAUUACAAGCACCAGAUUGAGGCAGACAUCGCGCCUUUCCGUGGCAUGCUUCUUGGCCUGUUCUUUGUCACUGUCGGGUUCUCUUUUGACCUUUCGGUUUUGGCUCACAACUGGCUGAUCGUCUUGCCACUCCUGAUGGCUGUGCUCGUGCUGAAGGCCUCGGUGGUGAUCCUGCUGGGCCUUUGGCAUGGCCUCUCUGAUGCCUCUUCCCUGCAGGCCUCUGCAUUGCUGGCUCCCGGAGGGGAGUUUGCUUUGGUGCUCUUCCGCCUUGCUGAGCAUGUGGGAAUCAUGUCAUCCAACUUUGCAACGAUUCUGGUAACCACUUCGGUGAUCUCUAUGGCACUUACGCCUUUGUUGGCAGCGGGUGCGGAUUCGGUGGCUCGAAGGAUCCGUCAGGGGAGAGGCGUGCGAAACCUGGAGGGGCAAGAUCAGCGAGCUGCUGCUGACGUGCAGGAAAUCACUAAGGGGGGAGACGGCUUCGUCGCCAUAUGUGGUUACAACAUGAUUGGGCGUACAGUGUGCAACUUGCUGGAUCAGGAGGGUGAGGCGCAAUACAUUGUGUUCGAGGAUGAUGCCGCUGUUGCAACAGAGGUUGGAACUUAA